AUGUACGGCAAAGCUGCGAUUUUGAAUACGCUCAUCAGCGUGGUAUCCGCAGGUACCAUCCUGUGGGACGGCCGCUUCAACGACCUUACGGCCUCCUCCGACCUCAACAAAUGGUCCUGGGCCAACCAAGUCGGGCCGUACCAGUACUACAUUCACGGCUCCGGCCCUGUAACCUCCUACGUGAACCUGUCCCCCUCCUACAAGAACCCCGGCGACACAAACUCGAAGCAAGGCGCUAAGAUUACCAUCGACAGCACGGCCAAAUGGAACUCCGACAUGUGGCGCACCGAGUUGAUUCCGCAGACCAAAGCGCCGAUUAAUAGCGGUACGGUGUAUUAUCACUUUUCGAUUAAGAGGGGGAGUGCAAAUGUGCCGAGUGCGACGAAUGAACAUCAGAUUGCUUUUUUUGAGAGCCAUUUUACGGAGCUGAAGUAUGGGUGGAUUAGUGGUGAACAGGGGACGUCUAACACCAACCUGCAGUGGAUGGUGGGCGGGCAGAGUAAGUGGAAGGUUGAGCUUACAGCGGAUGAGUGGCACAACGUGGUCUACGAGAUUAACUUCUCGUCUCAGCAAGUCUCCUUCUGGCACUCGACCGGCAACAAUACGCUCGUCAAGACUGCAGGUCCGUUCUCGGCUAGCACGUCGAGCAAUGGCGCGGACUGGCAUUUGGGUGUUCUUCGUCUGCCCCGCCCGGGCAACGAUGGGACGGGUGCUGAGGACUGGUACUUCAGUGGUGUGUAUGUUGAGAGCGGGUUGCUUACUACUUCUAUUGACAGCCCGAAGUAA